AGCGCCUCAAAGGUACCUCCUCAGCGCAAUCGCUACUGCAUGGUACUUACCGACACGACUCCAAAACGAAAAGUCCGACUGGCACCAGGAAAAGUUUUCGCGCGAGAACAAUCUCAACGUCACCUCAUCAAGCAGCGACAGUUCGACCAUCAAAGCAAACCCAACAACGUUGAUUUUUAUCCCUCCAGACUGCAAAAGUCGACGUCGAACAACCCCCUGUAUGACUUGAUCGACUUUUUUCGCGGAUUUUCCGCUGGCUUUCCGCCUUCGACCCCCCCACCCGCCACCAUGUCUACUAGGAAAGUCCGAGUCAAGAAGUUGAGCGUCAAGACGCUUCUUCCCGUUCUCAGAGAGGACGAUAUCGACGCUGCAGAGUACGAAUCUUUGACUACCGAAACCCAGAUCGCGACCGGUGUCGAGGCAGCCGAGGAAACAGAAUACCAUCUCCAAUCCAUCUUAAAAGAGGCCGGUACCAGCAAUGACCAAGAAAUUCCUGUUCCGCCUCCUCAGGAGAGCCAGAUCAACUAUGAUCAACUCUACCCGAGUCACUUCCAGCAGCCCACCUCUUACAUCCGUUUCUCGCAAACCGUCGAGGAAUGUAUAGGAGUUUCCUAUGACAUGACUACGGAAGACGAUGAAUUCUUGAGGCAGUACAACUCCACCAAGAAGACCGUGGCUUCCCAGUUGUCGGAAGAUGAUUUCGAACGCAUCAUGGAAGUGUUUGAGGAGACUGCCUCCGAACAGACCCCCUUCGCAUCAAUAGACAACACCGUGGUUGGCUAUGACCUGAUGGUUCCCUCACUUACCUCGCUCGGUGGCAACAAGCUCAUGGGACAUGCCAAGCAUGUGUAUGAGCACUGGAAGUCGCGUCGGCAAGCGCUUAGCAACAAACCCAUCCACCCUAGCGUCAGGUUUGAGACGCACCAGGAGAGUGAUGAGGCCGAUCCUUAUGUCUGCUUCAGACGUCGCGAGGCCAGACAGACGCGCAAGACUAGGCAGAGAGAUGUCCAGAGCGCCGAGAAACUCAAGCGACUUCGCAGAGAACUUGAGGACGGACGCCAACUCAUCAUCCAGUCCUAUGAGCGUGAGAUGCUCAAACGUGAACUCCUCACCUUUGACCGCGCCAUUUUCGAGCAGAGGGCCAAGCUUAAGGAGAUGAAGGUCAAGCUCGGUAUCAAAACCGAAGACGAAGACCUCAUCAACCACAAGCCUCCAAAGAAGAAGCCUGCAGAAGCGCCUGCUCUGCAAAAGCCGCCUGGAAACCAUCUCCGCAUUGCCGUGCGUCCAGAUGGUCGGUCCAUGGAGGCAGAUCUAUUGCAGUUGGCGGAUAAGCUCGCUGAAAAGGAGAAUGAGUUGCGGGCAGAUGUUGAAAGCAAGGUCCACAACCACAGAAAGUGGAACCAAAACCAUGUGGACCUCACCCGAGAUCCCUUGUCCCCGGUCAAGGAACAGGGUAUGGAGGCCAGCUUCCGACCCGCUAAGACUCAGUACCUCAUGACGCCUCCCGCUUCCACAUCAUCGGAGUCGGAUGCCAUGGAUGUCGAUGAUGAGACAGAGCCGAUUGUCGAUAGAAACAACAUGCCGCUGUUCCAGUUCAAAGCGGGCGGUAAGGAGAAGCCUUCCUGUAGCCAGCCAGCGUUCCGUCGCCGUAUUGGACGGCUGGGUCGUUUGUGGAUCGACCGUCGGGGAAUGACAACGCCCCCGAGGGUGGAGGGUGAGGAGUAUAGCGACCGAUGGAAGUAUGACCAGGACGACGAGGACGAGACGCCGGUGUACGAGGUCGACCCGUACGACACUCGGGCGUUAAAGUUCCGGGCCACCAUCCCGUUGUCGCAGUACGUCUACCAGCGUCGGCAACUCCCACCUGAGGGUCUGGUCAAUGGUCCGGUACCCCCACAAGCAGCUGGCAGCAGACCGGCACUGCCGCAGCCUCCGACGCCGCAGGCUCAAGUCGCACUGCAGCAACAACAGCAAUUGCUGCAGCAGCAGCAGCAGCAGCAGCAGCAACGGCACCCAUCGCAGUCGUCACCACCAGCUCAAGCCGCGCCAGCUCAAGCCGCCCCCUCAUGAGAUAUGGACAAGUCGUCGAGACGCGAAUCUCUACUCCUCAUCCCCGGAUGAUGUGUUGUAUACCCCCCCGCAUGGUGUUUGGUUGUCUUUUGAUUUUGUACAGAGGGCCUGGUGGCAGGCAGGACGGUCGGGUCGGCGCGGCGCGGCGUUUUCGGGUUGUGGCGAUUCCCAUGUAAAGUAUAUAAAUGUAAAGGAAGCAUGGCGACGAGGAGUUGGGGAGGCGAUCUGCCAAGACCAGUGCAUUAGGCGAAAAAGAUAAAUUCCCCACCACAAUGAACAAGAUCAAUAAUUACAUUGGGUGCUUGAGGUCUUUCUUGUCUUUGUGUAUAGGUGAUGUGUUUGUGUCGAUGUGGGGAGAGACUCUGGUUUGUCAUGCGCGUUUUCUUGAUGCUUUUGGAGGUCACGCUCGGAGUCGACCUUGACCUGGCCGCGAGGCCUCGUGCCGUGUUUCUGGGCCCUACUCAAGGCCUCGGAGAUGUUGACGGACGCCCAGGACCUGCGUGCUUGCGUACAAUUUGUCCAUAGAUGUAUGGGUGGUUGGGUUAGAAGCGUCUGGUGACUUGGUAUGCGUCAGCUUGCGGUGGUGCCGAACGAGGAGAUGGGUUGUAAAGUGACUCGGGGAGUUUGCGACGAGCGGGUGGUCUGGCGCGGCAUUAUGCCGGCCAUGGUGACGAAACCGCUGGUCGAACUCGUGCCGACUCUCGAGAAGCACUCUUGCUUAAGAGAAAGAAAAAAGUGUGAGGAUGAGAGAGAAAGUCGCUGAGGGACCCAGAAGGCCUGGAUAUGUUGUGAGAAGGCAGGAGAGCAGAAACUCCGGUCGUGGUGAGGUGUCAGCAGACAUGACCUUUGUCUGUUCCGAGCACCCAAUUCGGCAGAUCUGUGCCCGCAGAUCCCUUCGGCGAUCAGAUGUAGGAGGGCGCAUAGCCCAAGCGAGAACUCGGCAGCGAUGGCAUCCGCCAAAGAGAGAAUAGGAGACUGGAAAGGAACCAUGAGCAUUCGACCUAAAAGACAGGAGUGAAGAAGGGUAGGGUAUUGACGAGGAGUAAGUAGGUUGGGCAAAAGUAGGUAGCAGAGAAAGAAUUGUGUUUGUGAAGAGGAGUCCACUUCUUGUCGAGGCUUGCCGGGUGGUGGGUGUGGGGAUAAUUGCGCUGGACCUCUUUGUGUGGCCCAGUUACCUACUCGCUGUUCGGGUGGCUCCAAACUCUCGCCGAAAGGACGAAUGAACUCUCUGGUCGUCCAGUCCGGAGAAGAUUGACCAAUUUAUUGAGGCUAUACUUAGGCGGGGGCGGUCAACUGUCGGAGGUUUGGAUUCCUGCAAGAGGAGGUGAUGCGGAAGGCGUUUGCUGGGAGGUAAGGCGAAGCAGAGCAGAGUAUAUGUCAGCCAGCAGAAGAAGGCUGGGCCGGGCCGGGGCUAGGGGUUUCUUGGUCGUUGCGCAACAGGCAGCUGCAAGCCUAGGAUAGAACGUUAAGGGUCUUGUGCGGUGGGAAAGACGGGUUGUGGCAGCUGUGCUUUUCUGCAUUCUGAGGUGCC